AUGUCACCAACAUCCAUCCCAACUCACCAAACCGCAGCCUGCAUCGACAAUCCCAGUCCCGGCGCGACCCUCACCAUCCGGCAUGACAUUCCCGUUCCGACGCCGGGAGCGGGGGAGGUAUUGGUGAAGUUGGAGUAUACGGGGUUUUGUCACUCCGAUCUGCACAAUAUCAAUGGCGAAUUGGUCAUGACGACGAAUGUUCCGGGUCACGAGGGUGUGGGGAGGGUUGUAAAAGUUGGACCCAAUACUCCGGCUGAGAUGAUGGGGAGGAGAAUGGCUGUACAAAAGCUGCAUGAAGUGUCCGACAUGCAAGGUGCAGUAUACGAAUUAAUGUUCCUGGGACAUUUCAACGUGAGAUAUUUGUUAUUUCAUUUUGAAAAGGAAUAUUCGGCUAAGAAUGGUAUAGAAUACGUGGUCUCUCCCGCGAACUUCGUCUCGCUGAUUCCAGAGGAUCUGAAUCCGGAGGCUGUGGCGCCGUUGCUCUGUGCCGGUCUCACCAUGUACGGCGCACUCAGCAAGAUAGAGAAGUUAUAUGAGAAAGGAGAUUGGGUGGUUAUAAUGGGUGCAGGUGGUGGAUUGGGUCAUUUGUAUGCCUUCCGUGCCCGAUGUUUUGGACAGUCGGUUAACGAUGAACAGGGGCCUUCAAAUCGGCAAGGAAAUGGGAUACAACAUGAUCGCAGUAGACAGUUGAUCGCCAAAAUUCAAUCCCUAACCGACGGCGUGGGUGCUCACGCCUCCCUCAUCGUCGUCGGAUCCGAGAAAGCCUACGAACAAGGCGUUGCUCUUCUCCGUCCGCUGGGCACGCUCGUAUGCGUGGGAUUCCCCCGUCCGGACUUCCAUGUGCCUGUGGCACCGCAGCACUGCGUCGACUCCGGACUGCGGAUAAUCGGCAGUGCGGUGGGUACAGAGACAGAAAUGCAGGCAUUGUUGGAGAUGGCGAGGGCAGGCAAGGUGUCGACGCAUUACGAAGUGUUUGAUCUAGAGGAGAUUAAUGAUGUUGUGGAGAGGAUGAGACGGUAUGCGGUUAGUGGGAGGGCAGUAUUGCGGAUUCCGGAGGCAUCGGUGGCGAGGAUAUAG